GGCCCCUCGCCAGGCUCCCUGACUUCCCCGGGACCUCCUCCCUGCCGCCACGCUUGCCCCUGACAUCCGAGAGACUCGGCUUAACUCUGCUCGGCUUAUACCGCUCCGGCCCGGCGACCAAGCGGAUUACCCCAGGAAAGGACGGCGCUCCUCCCCUCUUUUUGGAACUUUGGGGACCUCUUGGAUAUGCGCUGCUGUUCGCUUUAGGAGCUUUUGCCAUGGAUCACGCGCUUUUCGGCUGCCUGCGGAGCCCCCACGCCCAGGCUCAGGGUCUACACCCUGCCGCCUUCGCCCCGUCCCCGCUCACCCUACAUGGACGCUCGGACCACGUCUCCUACCCUGACCUGGCCUCCUCGUCGUCCUCGUCCUCCACGUCCUCGCCGUCCACUUGCAUCAUCUCCAGCUACCCGCCUGAAGACGGCCUGUACCACCCCCACCACCACCCGCAGCAACACCCGCAACUUCACCACCCGCACCAUCACCGCGGCCACCACCCGGCCCCGCAGAGUCAGCACCAUACGGCCGCCGCCUGGCACGUCCCGCAGAUGUCAGCCGGGGGCGGGGGCGCCCGGGUUAACCUUUGCCACCCGCACUCCCACCUGUCCCACGACAGGGGGCCUGCGCCACAGGACUUGGCUCACGCCGGCGGGCCUGCGAUGGGUGCGUCCACCCCCGGCAUGGGCGGCGGUAAUACCCCCACGGGGGCAUCUUCAGAGUUUGGCAGGCCCACGCUGUCACCUGCAGAAGCAGAAAAGAGGAACGGAAAGAGGAAAAGUGACAGCUCAGAGUCUCAGGACGGCAGUCUGAAGUGCGAGCUGAGCGGCAAACCGCGCAAGGAGAGGACGGCCUUCACCAAGGAGCAAAUCCGGGAGCUGGAGGCUGAGUUCGCCCACCACAACUACCUGACCCGACUACGCCGAUACGAGAUCGCCGUCAACCUGGACCUCACCGAGAGACAAGUGAAGGUGUGGUUCCAGAACCGGCGGAUGAAGUGGAAGCGCGUGAAGGGCGGCCAGCAGGGGGCAGCGGCGCGGGAGAAAGAACUGGUCAACGUGAAAAAGGGAACGCUGCUCCCCUCCGACUUUUCCGGCAUGGCAGCGUUGCGCCACUCCACGGACUCGUUGGCCAACGACGACAGUCACGACAGUGAACUGAGUGACGAACACGCUCCAUUAUGAUUAAGGCCACAUCGUUAAAUACAGUACAGUGAAUCCCCGAUUAUUGUGGGGAUACGUUCCAGACCCACCCACGGGCAUUAGCGUAAGUGUUACGGGAAUGAGAAACAUUCAAACAAUUGGUACAUUAACACACAUGGAACAGCAACACAUACAAACAGAAUAAAACAAAACAGGAUUAAACAUUAUUUAAACAGAAAAAUGUUUAACCGAUCCAUAUCAUCUUAAAAUCCGCUAGCUUAAUGUUAAUCUAUAAUGUGAAAUACCAUAACGGAAAUGAACAGAUAUUACGAUAGUUCGAAACCUUGGAACAACUGCUACUCAAACAGAGCAGCAUCGCAUUAAACAAAAGAGAAAUAAACAUUGUGUCUUUAAACACCAAAAUGUUCAACCAAACCAUAUAAUUUUGUAAGUCCGCUCGACAUAUAACGCAAAACGCCAUAGAUGGGCUAACGGGAAUGAGUAUAGAUGUUAUGGUAAUGAUAAAUCUUCAAACAAUUGUUACGUUAACACACAUGGAGAAUAGAACAAAAGCGAAUUAAACACUGUAUAUUUAAAUAUCAAAAUGUCCCCAUAUCAAUUCAUCUAACAGAAGUCCGCUAGCUUAAUGCUAACAUAUACGAUACGCCAUAGGCGGGCGAACGGAAAUCAGCAUCAAUGUUAGGUUAAUUCUAAACCUUCAAACAACUCCGACUUUACACACACAGAGAGCAGCAACACAUACAAACAGCUGUUACGCUGCUUGUCUUCCAGUAGAGCUCGGUGCUGCCUGCCAUGUUGUGGCACAACGUGGUACUACGCUGAAGGCACGCAACUUGGAAGUCGGGCUUGCCUGUAUACUGUAAAAACAUAAAAUGGAAUUGCUUAAAACUCGGCGAUAUAGCGGCCGGCGGGGGUUCACUGUAUUAAAUAUUGAAAUGUGACCGUUUGGCUACACUGAUGUAAACAUUCCGUUUUUUAUUUGCACUGUUGGACUUGGCCGCUGUCAUAUUUGUGACAAGUUAGACGUCUGUCGACGUCCGUCCUGGAAAUAGCCCCUCUUCGGAUAUGCUGCAGUACCCACUGGAAACAGCGUGGGGCAGUGAUGAGAUUCCACGUGAUUAAAGUCCAGGAAUGGCGGAUACCUAAGAAAACAAU